AUGGGUUACGAUGCGAAGGACGAUCCGCGGAGCGGGCUCGUCACACCCCCGGUGCAUCCCCCCGCUUUCUACGGCAUCGAACGGCGGAGUUCUCCGUACAGCGAGGAAGGCGGCGGCGGGAGCCCGCACCGCAAGGACUCCGGAACCGCCUCGGCGGGGAAGGCGAAGAAGCCUCGACGUCGGAGAACAGCCUUCACGCAAGCCCAGCUGGCCUUUCUGGAGAGGAAGUUUCGAUGCCAGAAAUACCUCUCUGUUGCGGACAGGGGCAGCGUGGCAGAAGCACUCAGCCUGACAGAAACGCAAGUCAAGACGUGGUAUCAAAACAGAAGGACGAAAUGGAAACGACAGAACAGCCAAAGACUUGAACACCUGAGGCAACAAUCCCAAGGAGUUUCCAAAGACGUAACUGGGCCUGGACUUGGGCAACCUCCUCAUCCACUGGACGGACCUCUGGUGUCUGCAACCUAUUAUGGCGCAUGCGUUGUACCUACAUCCAACGCCGCUUGUCUCCUACCUCCUGGAAUCUUGAGAAACGUAUAUGUUCCAGGAUAUCAAAUGUAA